AACAAGACCGGAAGUAGAUUAGAAUAGAGUUUUAUUUAUUUGUAAAGUAUAUAAAGAAAUUAUUUGAAUAAAUUGGAAGUGAAUUGUAAGAUAGUGGUGUGUGGCUGUAUGUAAACAGAAGAAACAGAAGCUUGAGACGAAGAAUAAAUUAGCUUAUCGUUAGAGCUCUCCAUUUCACCAUAAAUCGUGCAGCAGUUUGCUACAUUUUACAGUUAUGAAAUGUAAGUGCUGCAUCAUUUAAGGUGGUACGAAGAGUGGAAUUAGAAGCUGUAGGUAUUUGCUGUUUUGCAUUUAGAGCUCCUGACACAACUUUCAACUCUCUCUCUCACUCUCACUCUCACACACACACACACUCUUACACUCUCUUUCUCACUCUCACACUCACUAUAUACACACACUAGUAUAAACACGGGAUGUGUGAGGCUGAUGAGAUCUCCCGGGCGGUCUGCGAGCACUACCACUCUCUGCCCCGGAGAGGAAAGCCUGAGGCCGGGCUGCAGUGGACUCUACUUGCCGCUGUUGUAAAGAUCAGCGAGGGAGCCUCCGGACAAAGCGUCCAGAGGGAGGUCGUGGCUUUGGGGACUGGAACCAAGUGCAUCGGCCGCUCUGCAAUGAGCUGUAAAGGCGAUGUUUUGAAUGAUAGCCAUGCGGAGGUGAUUGCACGCAGGAGCUGUGUAAGGUAUCUGAUGGAGCAGCUGUGUAAAGCACUGCGGGGUGAACAGGAUUCUGUGUUCUGUCCCGCUGACCAGAAAGGGAAAUGGAAACUUCGACCUGAAAUCUCCUUCAUCUUCUUCACCAGCCACACACCCUGCGGCGAUGCCUCCAUCAUCCCUAUGACUGACAGCCAGAUGCAGCCCUGUCCACCAAUAAGGGGGCAGAAGGACAGCCCCUCAACCAAUCAGGAUUUGGAAACGGGAGACGUGAGGCAGAUUGAUGAGACUGAAGGAGUGAGGAAGAGGAUGAGAGUCUCAGCAGAGUCCCUUCAGCAGCAGCCCUCAAAUGAAGAACAUGGAACUGCAAAGAGUGACUCUACCCAGCAGCCUGACCUCCACCGCACCGGAGCCAAGUGUGUGCCUGGGGGCCCGACAGACCCUUUGGGUUCUGGUUUGGAAUUCCACAGGGUGGGGUUGCUACGGGUGAAGCCUGGUCGUGGGGAGCCCACCCUGUCACUCUCCUGCAGUGAUAAGAUUGCUCGCUGGACCGUGGUGGGCUUCCAGGGGGCGCUACUGAGCCACUUCCUGCAGGGAGGACUGUACUUUAGAGCGCUGGUGGUGGGGAAGUGUCCCUACAGCCAGUUUGCCAUGGAAAGAGCAUUGAAAAGGGGCGCUCAAGUGUCUGGCCUUCCUGAGGGGUUUUCAGUCCACAUCCCAAAGCUGCUGCAGUCCAGCCUGAAGUUCAUCCACAGCCGUGAACACACACACCUUUCCCACAACAGCACUCAGGCCAGAGUGGUGCCAUGUGGAGCAGCUAUAAGCUGGUGUGCUGUCUCCAGGCAGCCUCUAGAUGUCACUGCUAACGGCUACAAACAGGGAGUGACCAAAAAGGCAGUGGGGACGGCUCGCGCUCGGUCUUUAAUUAGCAAGUUGGAGCUCUUUCACUCCUUCCUGGAGCUGCUGACCAUCGCUGAUGACUCUCAGCUUCCAGAGUCCCUCAGGCUCAGCCCUGCCCUGCAGACUGAGGAAAUGAAAGCAAUAGUUGGAAUGAAAAGAAGAAUAAAGAGUGGUAAGGAGCUAUGGUCGUACUGGGACUAUAAACAAGCAGCGGAGGAAUACCAGCAGGCCUGGGCUGUGCUUCGGUCUCAAGUGUUCCCUCUUUGGCCCCAAAGCCCCCGUGAGCUGCUGCUGUUCUGCCGAGACCCUCACAGUGCUGCAAACAGGCCAGAUUUAUCCGGAACAGCCACAGCAGUACUGAAGCAGUCCUUAAAGGCAGUUCCUGAAUAGAAAUAGUUCUUCUUAACCCUUACAUGUCAAAAGUUACUAUUUGUAUUUACUGUACUUUUAUGUAUCAUGUAAGAAAAUAACUGUAUAAUUAAUUACAUUAAAGUCAGAAUUGUUUACAAUUGAGACUUUAAAGGGUUAACAAUAGGGGCUGUUCAAGAUGAGCUUUUGCAAAGAGGAGGUCAUAACCCAAGGCUCUGUCGGCAGAGAUGUGUUAAAUAGGCUUUCAAUCCAGAAGAAGCUGAGCUUGUGCAUGCACACACACACACAAGUUAAUUACACUCGACUGCAUCUUACUCCAAAUGUAGGCAAUCAGGCAAGUUCUGUUUGGAGCUUUAGUUUUACAGUGGUAUUACAAGGCUAAUAUAGCUCAGUUAGCAUAGCACUAAAUGUUUUUAUUCAUCACACACUCUACACAGUUAAGCUUUCAGAGAGAGAAAUCCGGUGUGAAAUGGACUUGGGGUGUAGUGAAACAUGAUGAGUACAAAUUUUUGUCGAAUAGCCCUCCUCCAUUUAUCCCCAUCAUUCCGAAAUACAACGCUUUUAGCUGGUGCUCCCAGCAGGCAAAGAUAUUGCCAUUAACAAGGGCAAAGUAGCUCCACACUUCAUUAAUAGAAUUCUGAGCGCCCUGACAUUUAAAACAAGGCAUCAGGAACUUUUAAAGUUUCCAGAUUUUGCUGAACAUAUCUCUGUAAUAUUCCUGAAAUUAAUUUUGCAAUGUUCCCCUAUUCCACCUACUUGUUUGUGCUAAUCAGUCGACUUAUUGAGAUACUGUAUGUAUAAACAGCAUCUUUAAUAAACUACCUGUGCACUUUCAAA